CCCUCAAACACUCUGAAACUCUGUUCACUGUCCUCCUUCCCUGUUCCUUCCAGAGAAUCCAUUCUCUCUCUCUCUUCCAGCCUUCCCUACUUCCAAAUCCUGGACCGCCAUAUCCCACCCAUCAUGCUUCAAAGCCUGCUCCCUCGAUCGUCCAUCAAUGCAAACUCCACCUCCGACGCGGCUCCGGCGAUCACCAUGAAACCUUCCAAACGUUCUUCCCCUUCCUCCAACUCCGACGAACUCCCAGCCGGAAAAAAGCCCCACUACUCUCCCCUCGCCGAGGCCUGCGCCACCUCCUCCUCGACAUCCACCUCGUCCUCGCCAGAACAAGAAUCCCGAAUUCUCCGCCUGCUCACCCUCCUCCUCCACUGCGCCGAAUCCAUCGCCCUCGACAACCUCUCCUAUGCGGUAACUCUCCUCCCCGAAAUUUCCUCCCUCUCCUCUCCAUUCGGAUCCUCUCCUGAACGCGUCGCCGCCUACUUCGCCGACGCCCUUCAUGCCCGCAUCCUCUCCUCCUUCCUCGGUACGUACUCUCCUCUCUCCCUCAAGCCCCUAACCCUAACGCUAACCCGCCGCAUCUCCCGCUCCUUCCAAUUCCUCAACUCCAUCUCUCCUCUUCUCAAAUUCUCUCACUUCACAUCCAACCAAGCCAUCUUUCAAGCCCUAGCUUCCCACGACCGUGUCCACAUCCUCGACUUCGAUAUCAUGCAUGGCCUUCAAUGGCCUGGACUGUUUCACAUGCUCUCCUCCCGCGCUCGUCCCAUUCAGUCCAUUCGCAUCACCGGCAUCGGCCCCGCAGCCGAAAUCCUCGACUCCACCGGCCGCAGCCUCGCCGAUUUCGCCGCCGGAUUUCGAAUCCCAUUCGAUUUCACCCCGAUCGAAGGCAAAAUCGGCGACCUCACCGAUCUCACCCCUUUCAGACCCAGCGACCCAUCUGAAGCGAUCGUCAUCCAUUGGACGCAACAUUGUUUAUACGAUAUCACCGGAUCGGAUCUCGCCGCCGCGCAAAUCCUCAAAUCCAUCCGCCCCCGUAUCGUCACCGUAGUAGAGCAGGAUCUCGUCCAAGGAGGCGACUUUCUCUGCAGGUUCGUCGAAGCUCUUCAUUACUACUCUGCUCUGUUCGAUGCAAUUGGAGAUGGAGGUGGAGGAGGGGAGGAGAGGUGGGAAGUUGAGAGAGGGGUUUUGGGUGGGGAGAUUCGGAACAUAGUGGCGAUCGGCGGGCCGAAGAGGACGGGUGAAGUGAGGGUAGAGAAAUGGGGGGAUGAGCUCCGACGAGUGGGAUUCCGGCCGGUGUCACUCGCCGGAAGUCCAGCAGCUCAGGCGAGCUUGUUGUUGGGGAUCGUGCCAUGGAAGGGGUACACGCUGGUGGAGGAAGGGGGCAGAUUGAAGUUGGGUUGGAAAGAUUUGUCGCUGUUAACGGCGUCGGCGUGGCGGCCGGCCGCCGUUGCCGGAGAAGCAGAGGGAGGCGAGGGAGAGGAGAUGGACACCAGUGAUAGUCUUGUCAUCUGAGGAAAAUUGGUUCUAAAUUGUUAAAUUGUAUAAUGCCAUAAAAUUUCAGAUUGGAAAUCA